AUGGAACUGUUUCUGAGAAGUAAAAACUUCAGUAUGCGAUUUCUAGUUGCUGUUGCUCUUUUAGUGUCUUGUGUUUGUGUGAGUGGAAUCGGUGUAAACUGGGGUACUCAAUGUACGCAUCUUUUGUCACCGACGACGGUUGUGAGAAUGCUGAAAGAUAACGGGAUUCAGAAGGUGAAGCUGUUUGAUGCUGAUCCGAAUAUCCUAGACGCGCUUAAGAAAUCUGGUAUUCAAGUUAUGGUGGGGAUUCCGAAUGACAUGCUUUAUACUCUUGCUAAUAGUGUUCAAGCUGCUGAAAAAUGGGUUUCCAAGAAUGUUUCUGCUCAUGUUUCUUCUGGAGGUGUUGAUAUCAGGUAUGUUGCGGUGGGGAAUGAACCGUUUCUGUCAACAUACAAUGGCACUUUUGAAGCCACUACACUCCCAGCUCUGCAAAACAUCCAGGCAGCUCUCACAAAAGCCGGUUUGAGUACUCGAGUCAAAGUUACCGUCCCAUUAAACGCGGAUGUGUAUAUAAGCUCAACAAAUAACCCAUCCGACGGUGAUUUUAGGCCGGAUAUCAACAACCUCAUGCUGCAGAUAGUCAAGUUCUUGAGCGACAACGGAGCUCCUUUUACUGUAAACAUAUAUCCUUUUAUCAGUCUCUACUUGGAUCCCAGCUUCCCUGUCGAUUAUGCUUUUUUCAACGGCUUUCAGUCUGCUAUAAAUGACAAUGGAAAGAUCUACGACAACGUGUUUGAUGCUAACCAUGAUACACUAGUAUGGGCACUGCAGAAACACGGUUUCGGAAACUUGCCUAUAAUUGUUGGGGAAAUCGGGUGGCCAACCGAUGGAGACAGAAAUGCAAAUCUUCAAAGUGCACAACGCUUUAACCAAGGUUUUAUGUCGAGGUAUGUUUCCGGUAAGGGGACACCGAUGAGGCCUAAUCCUAUAGAUGCCUACUUGUUUAGCUUCAUAGAUGAAGAUAAUAAGAGCAUUCAGCCCGGGAACUUCGAACGCCAUUGGGGGUUGUUUUACUUAGACGGGCAGCCCAAGUACCAACUUAAUCUCGGAACAGGCCGGGCGAAUGGAUUGGUGGCAGCCAGCGGCGUCGAACAUUUGGAAAAAAAGUGGUGUGUGUUGAAACCAUCAGCAAACCUUAAUAGCGAUCAAUUGGCACCAAGUGUGUCAUAUGCCUGUCAAAAUGCGGAUUGUACAAGUCUUGGGUAUGGAACAUCUUGUGGUAAUUUGGAUGUGAAAGGAAAUAUCUCUUAUGCAUUUAACAGCUAUUACCAAGUGAAUGACCAGAUGGAUAGUGCAUGCAAAUUUCCAGGACUUUCAAUGAUCACUGAUAAAGAUCCUUCAUUUGGAACUUGCAAAUUUAGAAUCAUGAUCCAGACAGAUUCUGCUGAGCUAAAUGCGAUGGUUGGAUCAACAACAACAGUACUCCUUGCUUUGGUUGUUUUACUGUUGUGUAAUGUUUCAUUUUGA